CAUCUCUUCACGAGGUAGCCUCAUUCUCGCUGCGUCGCCUCCCAUAUCGUAGCCAACCUCGUUCCGUUCCGGCCUCACUCUCGCGACGCCCGCGCCGAGACCUCCGGACGCCCGGCUCGACAGGUUGGAAUUGAAUCAAGUCGGUCGAUCCGGUGCGGGGAAGUCAGCCGGAUGUGACGCAUUGGCUGCCUGCCUGGACUGGCCUGUCCCUUCAAUCCCUUUCCGUCAUCAUCAUCUCCUUCCCCGUCGCGGAUAUGCCAGCCUCCACCUCUUCUGCUGCAGCCAAGGGCUAUGAGUCUACUCUUCGUCGGCUGGAGCAUCUGCAGUCCCACCUCACCCGCCGCCCGCGGUCAGGUCGCGUCUCAGGAUACGUCUGCAUCGUCACCGGCGCAGGCUCACCGACUGGUAUCGGUCGUGCCUCGGUCCUUCAUUUGGCCCACGAGGGGGCCAAGCACAUCUAUGCGCUAGACUUUGAUGGCUCAAACUUCGAAGACCUCAAGGAUAAGGUCAAGGAGCGCUAUCCCGAGGUUAAAGUCACGACAAUGGAGUGCGAUGCUGCCGAUGAGGAGAGCAUCAAGGGGAUCGUGGAGAGGGCAAUGAAGGAGGAAGGGAGACUGGACGUCUUCUUCGCGAACGCUGCCAUUGUGGGCAACCCGGUACCGGUGGGCAUGCUGGACGCCGAGGAUGUGGCUGAAACGAUGAGGGUCAAUGUUGCGAGCUGCUUCCUCGCCGUAAAGCACGCCUCGACCGCCAUGCAGGUGACAAGCGCCGCCAAACCCGACCCCAACGGCUCGAUCAUCCUCACCGCGUCUGUCGCAGGUUUGCGAUCCGGCGCUGGCUCGUCAGACUACUCGGCCUCCAAGGCAGCCGUCAUCUCCCUCGCCCAGACCAGCGCAUGGCAACUCUCCCGCACCGGCGUAAGAGUGAAUGCACUCUGUCCUGGCUUAAUCGAGACGGGGAUGACAAAGGUCGUCUUUGAUGCUGCGAGGGAGAGGGGCACGGCGGGCAAGAUUGGACAGUUGAAUCCAAUGGGGAGAUACGGAGUAGCAGAGGAGAUUGCCAACGCCCUCAUGUUCUUGGCAAGCGACGAGGCAUCUUACGUCAACGGCAUCGCUCUGCCUGUGUGUGGGGGACUGAGCGCGGGGCAUCCUGUUGUUCCGGGCAAGAUGAAUUAGAGACGCAGUCGGGGUCACACGAUGCGAACGAAUGAAUGAGAGAGACGACUAUUGCGGAGCUGGGUGAGUCGGGAUCGCGUGGAGAAGAAGAAUAGAGCUGAGGGCGCGAGUGGAUACAGAGGGAAACAGGAGAGAAGUCAUUCCUCUCACGUUACCGCGUCAACGCUGUGUGACGGUCUACUUGCUUUUGGGCUCGCGCGCAUCUAAUCCCAAGCCGAUGAGCUCUGCAUGCGAG